GAAUUACUUGGUGAAUCAGCAAAGAGUGGCCAAGGAAAGGCCCUUAAAAACAAAUGGAUUGCCAAAAAAGGAGAAAAUUUAAUCAGAUCUGUAAACUCAAUUGUAGAUCAAACUAGAAAAGAUCUUGAAAUAAUUAGAUCAACAGGAACACAUCAUGAUUCCAAAGUAUUGGCAGAAUUAAAAAAAAGAAAACUAUGUGAUAAACAGUUUA